AUGGACAAGAGUUGGAUGAUGAUAAAUAAUAGAUUGACAAGCAAAGAGUAUCAACAAGGGGUGAAGUCAUUCCUUGACUUUGCUACCACAAAUUUAGGCCCACAUGAUGAAAUUAGGUGUCCGUGUGUCGAUUGCAUGAAUGACACAAAAUUUAGUAGACAAGUUGUCUGGACACACCUGAUUAGAAGAGGAAUUGCGUCUUCGUAUAUAACUUGGGUGCACCACGGGGAACAUGUUCCCAUGUAUCAUCCUAGUGUACCAAAUGACCAUUUUGGAAGUAGUGGAGAAGGUAUGCCAGAUACUGAUCAUUCGAUGAUGGGUGAAUUGCCUAAUAUGAUGGAAGAAAUUUACAUGAGUGGUCUUAUGGAUGAUCAUAUCGACGAAGAACCUUAUAGUUUGGAGAGGGAGGGUUUGCAGAAGUUCAUUAGGUUAUUUGAAGAUGCUCAAUGCAAAAUUUACCCAGCAUGUGAGAAGUUCUCUAUGUUGUCAUUCGUUAUUAAGAUGCUUCAUGUGAAGGUGUACAACAAAUGGAGCAAAAAGUCAUUCGAUAUAGUUAUGCAGGCAUUCAAGGACAUUCUACCAGAAUGUGAUCAAACUGUUCCAUGGAUGCUCUAUCAUGCCAAGAAGUUCUUACGUAACUUGGGUUUGGGAUAUGAAACCAUUCAUGCGUGCAAGAAUGUUUGUGCACUGUUUAGGAAGGAGAAUGCGAGUUUUGAGAAAUGCCCUACAUGUGAUGAGCCUAGAUACAAGUUGAACAAUGAUGGGGGUAAAAAGAUUCCUCACAAGCUAUUGCGGGCUGGGGACAGUGGUUUCAAUCCAUUUGAAAAUAUGAGCACAUCAUAUAGCAUGUGGCCCGUAAUCUUAAUGUCUUAUAAUCUCCCACCGUGGAAGUGUAUGAAAGAGUCAUUUUGCAUGAUGUCAUUGCUUAUUCCUGGACAAUCGGCACCUGGAAGAGACAUUGAUGUUUACUUGCAACCAUUAAUAGAAGAAUUGAAUAAUUUGUGGGAGUGUGGGUGGAGUACGAAGGGUUACUUGGCUUGCCCUAAUUGUAACAUGAAUGCAUCAUCACAGGGUUUGCGAAUUAAGAUCGGGUACAUGGGUGCUCGUCGGUGCUUGCCUGAGAACCACAAUUGGCGAAGGAGUAAGCUCUUCAACGGUCAAAUUGAGGACAGGUCCAAACCUGUGGACUUAUCGGGAGAAGAAAUACUAGAGCAAAUUGGUUGUGGGACUUACAAGCCGUAUGGAAAGCACCCACACAAUGGAAAAAGACAAAGGAAUGAAAAUCCAAAUUUGAAUUGGACAAAGAGAUGCAUUAUGUUUGACUUGCCCUAUUGGAAAAUGCUGAAGCUGUGGCACAACCUUGACGUCAUGCAUAUUGAGAAAAAUAUAUGUGACAAUGUGAUUGGGACACUCUUGAGCAUAGAUGGAAAGAACAAGGACACAGACAAAGCACGCUUAGAUUUGGAGGACAUGAGAAUAUGUAAAGAGCUAUACUUGAAGAGUCGUGCCAAUGGAUCUUUUGAGAAGCCCCCCAUAUUGAACACAUUGUCCCUGACAGAGAGAGAAGGCUUUUUUCAUUUUUUGAAAUCAAUUAAGUAUCCUGAUGGCUAUGCAACAAAUAUAUCCAAUUGCGUGACCGCUCAAGGAGUUGUGUUCAAAGACAUUGAGGGUCACAGAUUUGGAGAAAUUAGAGAAACAAAUCAUACUCAUACUUUGUUGCUUGGACGUCUAAAAGGAUUUGUGGCCAAUAAAGCUUAUCCUGAAGGUUUUAUUGCCCAGGCUUACAUUUCAAAAGAGUGUACGGCAUUUUGUUCAAUGUAUUUGGAUGGAGUUGAAACAAUUUUUGAUCGGGAGAAAGAAAUUGCGACAUGGGCAACCAUGUUUAACACCAGUAGUAGCAGAACUAUGCGUGUCGAACCACAUUUGACAACGGUUGAUAUAAGAAGUCAAUGGUACAAAGACGACUUAUUUUUCUUACCAAGUCAAGUUCAACAAGUAUUCUAUGUUGAUGACACCAAAUUAGGUGCCAAUUGGAGAGUCAUAGAAAAGUUUGAACAUCAAGGAAUUUGGGAUGUGCCGGAGAUGGAUGACAUAGAAACUGAUGAUGUGUUCCAACAAGAAGAAACUACUGAGGUUGUACCAGCUGAGGCUAUUGACGAUGAUGUGGUUUUGCGUUGA